AUGCCGCCCAAAAGCAAGGCAAAGCGUGCAGCUACAGCGGAGACACCUGCCGUUCCUGAGUACAGGAACCCCAAUGUUGAAUGGCAUGCGCAACUGGAAGAGUGCUUGGACGUGUUGCGUGGCCACUAUGGGGAUCUCUCAGCCAUGGAGCCCAUGGAGCUUACAGAAGGGGCUCUCAAUGAGCCUAUCAAUGAGAAGGUUCUGCUUGAGAGGAUGUCAGAUUCGACAAGUUCAGUGUUGCUCAGCGGUGGUGUGAAUUUGUUGUGGUGCAGUCCGCUGGCAACUCAAACCCCCAAUGUGAAAAUCAACGUCAGUGCUGUCAUCUCACAGGCAAAGAACCAAUGGUCUGGAGGACGAGUCAGCCCAUUGCUUGAACCUGUGGAUUUCAUCCGCACAGACUCUGGUGCCUAUGAAAGGGUUUCUCCGGAGGAACCAAUUCAGGGUUUGAUCUACCACAUUGCAUCCAGGAUCAGAGAGGGAGCCCCAGAGGCGGAACUUGCCCAGUGGAAGGCCAUCGUUUUGAGUUCGCAGGGGCGGAUCUUGAAGCUUGACGGCUUUGACGACAAGUACUUUCACGCCAUCUCAAGAAGGCGCCGGACUGGGGAUGCAGCGAAGGCAGUAACCCACCUGGCAAGCCAGAUUUGUGCCGACAUUUGGCUGUUCAAAAAAAGAAAGGAGAGCAUGCUCAACAAAACAAUGACCAAUGCCGAGAUUGCAGCGCUGUACUUGGACAACAUGGCGGACACCGUCAACGACGAGGAGCCCCGGUCUGACGAAGCAACCAUACAGAGAGCCUGCAUUGUGUACGAAAAGGUCCUAGCCAAUGAUGUUGUGGCCAAUUGCAUUCAAUGGUCUGAGAAAGAGUUUGGGGCUGCCUCACCCUGGAAUUCAAUUGCCAAACUCAACGACAUCCAGGCAAAGUGCAAACAAACAGCCAAAUUGGAGUUCUUCUUUGAGACAGUCACAGAGGCGAUCCGCAUGGGGCACAUUGAAUGCGGUGAUCUUUCGGCCUCGAAGCUCAAGAAGAACAUGCUGGACAUUGUGCUAAUGAAGAAGCAGCUCAAGGACUACUUGACCGGCAGAUGGUUGGACUCACGCCAGUUUGAUUCCGACCACAAGGCGGCAGCAAGGAAAAUCUUUGCUUCUGCGAGCAGCUACAGAGAGAAGUUCGUUGACAGCGAACGGACGUGGAUGUCGCAGUGGCCUCCAUCAGCAAGCAAGAUGAUGGACCUGUUCGAGUACUGCUACACAUUUGACAGCAGCGAACUUCCGCAAGUCAAAGCUGCCAUCAAGGCUGGCAAGACCGCGCAAGAAAUGAUCGAAGAAUACCAGCCAUACAAAACGAUGAUUGAGGAAAUCAACCAAGCACUCACCACUGAGUCAACAUUGCUGGAUGUGACCCACACGGAAGAAGCAGCCCCUGCACAAGCGGCUACAGAACCAGCCCCUGCAGAUGCAACGCAGCCGCUGACCGUGCAUGAUGAGGGCGUGAAGCUCCAUGAGGUGGAUGAUGGCUGGUUGUCGCUUUGCGAGCGAACCAUCGCAAAGCACUGUUGCCUAAUCGUUGACAAGGGCAUGUCACAAUCACAGUUGGUCAAUGCAUUGGAGAAAUUCUCGCUAUCAACAGUGAGGGGGAACACUUCAGGAAAUUGCCUGAUUGUGUUUGACGCGAAUGUCUUCGGGGAGGCCAUUACUGCACCUCACAUCCGCCGAGCUCCGCUCCAGUCGACAGCAGUAACAAAGGUGUUCAAGGCCAUUUCCAAGGUGAGGGAAGUUGAUCAGCCAGGCCUCCUACCCCCAGGAGACAUAUUGGUGAUCAUUGACGGAGGACGCAAGAGCGUGGGGACUCUCCUCAACUUGUUUGGGAUGCACAAGGAUCGCAAAGCCUUUGAUAAAGGCCGCAAAGAAAAGGAUGGGAAGACUCUUUACAGGCAGAUCACCCUCACGUUCACUGAGGACAGCGUUGAGCGCAGAAAAUUCAGGAAGAAGACCAAAAGCUCAUACCUGGAAUGCAGCCAGGUGGCACACGUUUACUACAAUGGGGGCUCGACCAUUGUGCCCAAAAAGAAUGUGCACUUUGCCGGGACCAACAUGGGAGAUGUUCUUGGCCCGAUCGAUUUGCCUGCUCUUCAGAAUCUUCCAAAGUUGAAAGUCAAGGACAAGAAGGAGUUCUGGGGUACUCGCCGCCGUGCGGUGGGAGGCAAGACCGGGUCAGAUUCUGAUUCAGAGGGGUCUGAAUCAGAAGGUGAGGAUGAGGAGGCCGAGGCGGCCACGACCAUCGGCGACUUGACAACUCUGCCAGGUGUUGGGGCUGGACGAGGGGCGAAAGGUUUGAGCGAUGAGAUUGUCCAGCCCGUGAGCUAUCAUCAGCUUCCAUCAACUGUGAUGGAAAGCUUCAUGCACAGCUAUUCAGCCAUCAACACCAUUGAUAUGACUCCUGGAACCGGAGAUGCCGCAAUCAGCGCAGUGUUGAUGAAUUCGGGCUAUGUUGGCGUAUGCCACAGUGAAGCACAGAAGGAAUUCAUCUUGGUUCGGCUCAAGAAGGUUCUGCUGGAAGCUAUGAAGGAUCCUCGGAGCAAGGUGUACGCUCCAGCGUAUGCCAGCCAGAUGGAACAGCAGAAUGAGGCCAAGCGCCAGGCAGAGACAAAGGAUCCGAACCCUGCUGCAAAGAGCAAGGCCAAGACUGCGCCCAAGCCGAUCAAGCCCCCUGCCAAGGACGACCCGAACACCGAUCCUCAGGCAAAAGUCAAGUCGCAGCCGGCCGAUCUUUCCGAGAAGUUGAAGGAGCUGCUGGCCAAGAGCAAAGGAGCGGGAGCCGGAGGCCCUGAUGCGGCCUGA